AUGCCGAAUUCAUCAUCACAAUCAUCUUCCUAUUCUUUCACAGAACUAAAGAACAUGAUGAUAACAGAUCAGUACUUUCUUGGAGGACUCAUUGCCUUUGUGUUGGGGUUCGUUUUGUUGUACAGUUCAAAAAUGGUGAAAAAGAAGAGUAGAGUUUCUUCAAUGGAGGCGCGAAGGGAUGAACAGGUUGAGAGCUCUGACUACGGUCAUUGCCGGCCGGAGAUUAACGGAAGUACGGACAUCAUCAUUGUCGGUGCGGGUGUUGCCGGUUCUGCUCUCGCUUACACUCUUGGCAAGGAAGGGCGGCGAGUACAAGUAAUUGAACGAGACUUGACUGAACCGGAUAGAAUUGUGGGUGAACUUUUACAACCAGGAGGCUAUUUGAAGUUAAUUGAGUUGGGUCUUGAGGAUUGUGUAAGAGGGAUUGAUGCUCAACAAGUGUUUGGAUAUGCCCUCUAUAAGGAUGGUAAAGAUACCAAAUUGUCUUAUCCCUUAGAGAAAUUUGAUGCUGAUGUCUCAGGAAGGAGCUUUCACAAUGGGCGUUUUAUACAGCGUAUGCGAGAGAAAGCUGCAACUCUUCCAAACGUAAGAUUGGAACAAGGAACGGUAACAUCUUUGCUUGAAGAAAAGGGAACUAUCAAAGGGGUGCAGUACAAAACCAAGGAUGGGGAAGAAAUGACAGCAUAUGCUCCUCUCACAAUUGUGUGCGAUGGUUGCUUUUCAAAUUUGCGACGCACUCUGUGCAAACCCCAGGUGGAAGUGCCUUCUUGUUUCGUUGGCUUGAUCUUGGAAAAGUGUAAUCUUCCAUACAUAAAUCAUGGGCACGUUGUUCUCGCGGACCCUUCACCCAUCUUGUUUUACAAAAUCAGUAGUACUGAGAUUCGCUGUCUGGUUGAUGUACCUGGGCAAAAGGUCCCCUCCAUUUCUAAUGGUGAAAUGGCUCACUAUCUGAAGACUGUGGUGGCUCCUCAGAUCCCUCCUGAGCUAUAUAAUGCCUUCGUAGCAGCAAUUGACAAAGGAAGCAUAAGAACAAUGCCAAACAGAAGCAUGCCUGCAGCUCCCCAUCCCACUCCUGGUGCACUUCUCUUGGGGGAUGCUUUCAACAUGCGACAUCCUUUAACUGGAGGAGGAAUGACAGUGGCUCUAUCGGAUAUUGUCCUCCUCCGUGAUCUUCUUAGACCUCUACAUGAUCUGAAUGAUGCACCUUCCCUAUGCAAAUAUCUCGAAUCCUUUUACACUCUUCGUAAGCCCGUGGCAUCUACAAUAAACACAUUGGCAGGAGCCCUUUACAAGGUUUUUUGUGCAUCACCUGACCAAGCUAGAAAAGAAAUGCGCGAAGCGUGUUUCAAUUACCUAAGCCUUGGAGGGAUUUGUUCAACUGGACCAGUGGCCUUACUUUCUGGUCUUAACCCGCGCCCCCUUAGCCUGGUCUGCCAUUUCUUUGCUGUUGCUGUCUAUGGUGUUGGGCGCUUGCUGAUUCCUUUUCCAUCGCCCCAACGAGUUUGGCUAGGGGCAAGAUUGAUAUCAGGUGCAUCUGGGAUCAUUUUCCCAAUCAUCAAGGCUGAAGGAGUUAGGCAAAUGUUCUUCCCUCUGACUGUUCCAGCAUACCACAGAGCUGGCAUUCUUGGAGAAUCUUUAGAAUCUGUUAUGCCAGCUGUUAACAAGACCGGUAAAAACCUCCGAGGCUGCAGGUCGCUGCACUAA